AUGGUCACGUUUAAAUAUCUCUUCCAAUUUGAGACUGGCAAUCAGGAGAAAUUUUGGGCAAGAAGUGAAUCGGCGGAGCCCGUCAUCGGAGGAUCGGUCACAGCAUACCUAACUUUCGACGAUGCAAUAAACAACACACAUUCAGGAACGGCAAUCGUAGCAAAGCUACUCCCACCCUUGCCCAAAACUAAUCUCCCGUUAUACUGCGUUGGGCUCAAUUAUAGGAGCCAUGCGAAAGAAGCCAGCAUCAAUAUUCCGGUCAACCCCCCGGUGUGGACAAAGCCUGCCGCAGCACUAUCAGCUCCAAAUGAGAUAAUUCCUGUCAGCCGAUUUUGUGCCUCGCAUCUUCCAGACUGGGAGGGCGAACUAGUAUUCAUCACGGCUCGGGAGUGCCGAGAUGUUUCCCCGGAGGAAGCGCCAUCCUACAUUCUUGGAUACACGGUUGGCAAUGACCUCUCGUGCCGAUUCUUUCAACUCCCCGAACAGUCCGGCGGCCAGUUCUUCUACGCCAAGGCCUUCGACAAAUUUGCUCCAAUAGGACCAGUUCUUGCAAGCCCGGAUACUUUCUACGAGACCAGAUCAACGGCUAGUUUGGUGACCCGAAUCAACGGAGAAGUGAAGCAAAAUACAGUCAUCCAAAAUGACAUGAUCUUUACUCCUGAACAUGUGUUGAGCUGGAUGAGCCAAAGCACCACUAUACCAGCAUAUACGGUGGUGAUGACCGGAACUCCAGCGGGAGUCGGGAUUUUCCAGAAGCCACGUCAACUGCUGAAAGAUGGAGAUGAAAUCGAAAUUGAGAUCUCUGGACUGGGCACACUGAAGAAUCAAGUCAGAUUUGAGGAAGGCCAGGAUUCUAUCAUGUAA